AUGAGCCAAGUGCAAAAGGUAAAUACUCCGCAAUAUACACUUCCCGGUGGGAUUUAUCUGAUCCAGAGUAUUAUACAGGUCGUGAUCAUCGGGGCUGGACCCGCCGGUAUCCUGGCAGCGCUUCGCCUACAGCGAUUCAACCACAUCUCUCCUAUCAUAUACGAAGUCCGCUCUGAACCCACGACUCUUGGAGGUGCAGUCGGUAUUCCGUCAAACGGCUUGAGACUAUUAUUUAGGCUCGGGCUGUGGGAUGCACUUCGGGAGCGAGGCGCGGAAACUUCCACAUUAUCAGUCCAUGCGAUCAAGGGCCAAGUUAUCGGCAACAUGGACAUGACUUCCUGGAGCCGGGAAAAGACUGGCUUUGGUUAUUUAAGAAUUCGUCGCGUUGAUUUGAUGGAGGUUCUAUAUGAAGAGGCUCGCAAAGCAGGCAUUCCUAUCCACUUCAGCAAGCACUUGACCGGGAUUGAGGAAGACAAUAAGGGUGUCACUGUUACUUUCUCUGAUGGCUCCAGCGACAAAGCAGAUCUUCUUCUAGGCUGUGAUGGUAUCCACUCGAUGGUGCGCAAACUCUACGUCGACCCCAACACAGAGCCUCAAUACUCAGGCAUUUCGAACAUAUACUCUCUGGUUCCUACCUCUGAGCUGCCCAGCGCCGCGGCGUCAAUUGAUGGUCUCAACGUGAUGCUAACGACGGAUGGACUUCUAGCCAUAUCUCCUUGCCGGGCGAGCCGAGAUAUGGUCUACUGGUUCUUCUCGCGCGAGCUUGCCAUUCCUCCUGGCGGUGAUACGCGCGACGGGUGGGAGGAGCGUGGGAAACAGCAGGUGGAGACCAUUAAAUCAAUAGUGCUCGAUCUCAUCAAAGACUCUGAAGGAGAAUGGGGCUUGACUAUUAAGGAAAGUAUCAGACAGACAAAUACACUCCGCUUCUAUCCCGUUUAUCGCCUGCCGACAGGCGGACAAUGGUCGAAAGGGCGGUGCCUGAUUAUCGGGGAUGCAGCUCAUGCAAUGCAGCCACAUGCAAGCCAAGGGGUAUCCAUGGCACUGGAAGACAUAUUCAUGUUGUCGAAUCUCCUGGACUCCAACCUAGGUUCACUAAAUGAGGCCUUCAGAGUAUAUGAGCAAAAGCGACGACAUCGUGUGGAUGAAAUGCACCAGCUCGCGGAGCGUAAUGGAGGAAUAAGAAAGAGAACCCCUCCAUGGCAGCUGUGGUUCAAAGAAAUUGCAACUUCCGGCGUCUUGGGAAUUUACAACCUUUUCGGCCUAGGUAAGUUAGGAUUAGGCCAGAAGCCGUUGGCUUAUGAUGUCGAGGAAGAUACACACUAG